AAAAAACCAAAGCCCGCUCUUCCCCAAAGAAAGUCUUCGGUAGCCCGCUCGUUCCUCCCUCUUCUACUCAUCUCCCUCGCGCGCCCUGUCGAAAUUUAUUAUUCCUUAUCUCAAAUUUGCCCUCCAAAUCCAAGCAAACAAAAGUCAAAACACCAAACACUUGUUUGUCAUUUCAUAGCACUGGACCAGUCACCAUAGGUACUCUCUACUCUCUCUGUCUCUCUCUCUCUCUCUCUCGAUCUUUUAGGGUUUGAUUCAAUUUAGGGUUUUAGGGGGAAACGGGAUUUCGCUGUUUGAUUGGUGGUUUCUAUGGCGACGGAAACCCUAGACGAGAAGAAACCGGACGAAGAGGAGGCGGCUGCUCCGGUUAACGCAAAAGAGGAGGUUAAAGAAGAGAAAGAGAAAGAAAAAGAGGAGGAAAGUAAGGAGAUUUCCGAGAAAGAAGUUUGUCGGGAAAGUGAGGAAAAGAAGGAAGUUGAACAGAAAGAGGAAGAAGAAGAAGAGAAAGCUGAGGAAACUAAGGAGGAAGAAGAGAACGAAGAAGAAGGGACCAAAAGUGCCAAAGGUAAUAGAAGAAAGCGAAGCUCCAGGACACCACGACGACGUUCGGCUGAGAAGAAAGAGCCUGUUACGCCGAGUAGUGACAGGCCUACCAGGGAAAGGAAAGUGGUCGAAAGGUACUCGGCUCCUUCCCUUGCCAGGUCUUCCUCUGCCAAAGCUUUGUCAAUUGAAAAGGGUCCUGGUACUCGGCUUAAAGAUAUUCCAAAUGUGGCUUUCAAGUUGUCGAAGAAAAAACCUGAUGAUAAUCUGCAGAUGCUUCACAUGAUACUAUUUGGAAAGAAAGCAAAGCCUCACAGUUUGAAGAGAAACAUUGGCCAAUUUUCGGGCUAUGUUUGGGUUGAGAAUGAGGAAAAACAAAAGGCAAAAGUAAAGGAAAAAAUUGAGAAAUGUGUUAAAGAAAAGUUGGUUGAUUUCUGUGAUUUGCUGAAUAUUCCAAUUGUCAGGGCCACUGCAAGAAAGGAGGAACUCUCUGCCAAAUUGUUGGAAUUUCUGGAAUCUCCCCAUGCUACAACUGACAUUCUACUUGCUGACAAGGAACAGAAGGGUAAAAAGCGUAGAGCUACACCAAACAAAAACAUUGGUUCUGGGGAAGCAUCAGAUACAUUAGCUAAGAAGCGACAAAGAACACCCCAAGGUGGGAAAAAGCAUAAGCGAUCAUCCAAAGCUGAGGAAAAAGAUGAAGAUGAUAAAGUUGAAUCCCCUGUCACUAAAGAUUCUCAUGAAGAUGAUGCUGACACUACAUUGAAUGAAGUCAGUGGUGAUGAAGAGACGAAAUCAGAGGAAGAAGAUGAACCCAACAAGUCAAGCAAAAAAGGUACUUCAAAAAAGAUUGCAGUGGAAAGUCCAGAGUCAAAAAGCAAGGAUAAAUCUACAUCUGGAAAGAAGCUUACCCCUGCAAAAUCUAGCAGAAAAUCUUCUGGGUCAGCUUCAAAACAAGGUGCUUGUGAUGGUGAUGGGACUUCUGGCUCCAAAUCGAAGGGUACUGCAUCAAAAAAGCAGAAGGUUGAAAAGGAAAGCACUAAGGAUGGCAGUUUCUCCACCAAAGACAAGGUUGCUGGCAAGAAGCAAACAAACAAGUCACCUGCAAAGGUUUUUGCCAAGACUCAAGGUAAAAGCAAAAGUGGGAAGAAGCCUAAAGCAGAGCCUAGCAGGGAAGAAAUUCAUGAUGUAGUGGUAGAUAUUCUAAAAAAAGUGGACUUCAACACCGCAACAUUAUCUGAUAUUCUUCGGCAACUGGGUAUGCACUUCGAUCUGGAUUUGAUGCACAGAAAAGCUGAGGUUAAGGACGUUAUUACAGAAGUGAUAAAUAACAUGUCUGAUGAGGAUGAGGAAACAGAGGAAAGCGAGGAGAAUGCUGAUGCAGGUGGUGCUGCUGAUAAAGAUGUGGAUGGGGAUGAUGAUGCUUAGUUCACUUGUGGAAUUAUAUGACCAUGUAAAACAUGUGAGAUAUGUGCAGUCAUCGGUAAUUUUUCUUCCUCCUGGGAUUUCAUUUGCUAUUCUCAUACAAUUACAAAUUGGAGUAGUCAUUUUAGAUGUUCAAUAGGUGGAAUUGUGUACCAUAUGACUAACAUGAGUUAGCGACUCUUGUAGUACUUUAUUGCUGAACGGGCUUCAAUUUUCAUUAUUUUUAGGUUUUUUUUUUUUAACUUGAAUUUGUUCAAGUUGUAUUUAACUAUUUAGUUAUAAUCAACCAGUGAAUGCAUUUCUAGUAGUAAAAGUGGUGCAAAUCAAUUCUGUAGCCUAUAAGAUUGGUUGCUCUAGACAUGGUCCCUCCUUGUCAUGAAUAAAUCAUCCACUGCCACUCAUCCAAGCAUUGAUGUUCUAAUUUCAAACAGAGGAUGCCAAAGAAUUGCA